AUGCGGCCUCAACCCAAGCCAGAUUCAAGCUUUGCGUCAAAUCGACUGACACGAACCAACCGACCGAAGAGACAUUUAUUAUCGACCUUCAAUCGACCUCAAAGCGAGAUUGACACGGAAACCAAGACCGAGCCGAAACGCGAGACAUCCGGACCAGUACUAAACGCUGUGAUUUUAUCGGAUGAUGACGACGAUGAGCUCCUCAGCUCCCACCAUUCCAGCGAAUUUGAAGACGGCCUUGAAUCAGAUAACCUGCCCGGGCGUGAUGCGAAUGAACCAGCGACGGACGCGGAGCCACUCAGUUCCACCGACGAUGACAUGAGCGACAGCGACAGCGGUCCAUCAAAGUCAAUCGAAAGAAUCCAGUCUAGAUCACUGGGAGAAAAGCUCGCCGGUGGAGACACGCACAUAUCCUCACCGUCGCCAUGGAGUGGAGGGGUGACAAGGACAUUGAGCAGCUUUAUCGAUGAUGACGACGGUGAUGAGAUAUUCCCUUCCUGGUCAUCCUCACAGAGUGUGAAGAGACUCAAGAAAAACACAUAUCGAUCGUCGACAUCUCUGUCAAGAGUACCAAGCUACAGCGCCCGGUCCACUUUGACACCUGAGAAACGAUCUCAGAAGACGAAGUCAGGCCCGCCGAAAUCAAAGAGAAACCCAUCCGAUUCAGAAUCGGAAGCAGAGACUAGCUUCAAAGUUCCUAUGGAUAUUGACGCUCCGACCUCGAAAACCACUUUACCUGCGAAGAUCACCCAGAAUGCAUCCGCAGGUUUUAAAGUCCCGCGGACAUUCCCCCAUGGUUCUACUUCUAGCUCUUCUCUCGGUACUCUGUCAUCGAAGGAGCUGCAGGCUGCCGUGGAUGCCGACAACUCACCUCUGUCCCCACUCAGCUCACUACCGAGCUCCCCAUCGGUCGAACCCGGAGAGCCACGCAAAGCACUGUGUCCGAUGUGUAAGCUAGAGGUUGACCCUGAACUCCUGAUGCGCUUUGAGGCCCAACCAAGGCGGCGUGUCCGUGAUCAACAGCAGUUUUGUGCAUCUCACCAGCAAGAUACGGCUGAAAAGGAAUGGGAGGCGCAAGGGUACCCGGACAUUGACUGGGACACGUUUGAUGAACGUGUCCAAAAAUACUUCCCAAUCCUCGAGAAACAUCUUGUCCCUGACUGUUCAUCCUAUUACCGUAAUAUCCUCGAUACUUCGCUAAAAAGCGGGAAAGCUCAGAAUUUUCGUCUGACCCUGGCUGGCGAUGGUCUAGAGAUGAUCUCCUGCGGAUAUUACGGGACUAAAGGUGCGGGGAAAAUGUUACAAGCUGUCACUGAUCGAUUCUCCUUGAGAUUACGCCGCCUGGCUACAUCCGACCAUAUCGUCAAGACGGCCGGGGUUGUUGGCUACGCGCAAUCAGUCCUUGUCCCCGAGCUCGCGGUGUGCCUUGUCAAGGAGGACAUGGGUGUGAGCGAGGAGACGGCGCGCCAGAUUCUCCGUGAGAGUAUUUCACUGGGCGAGAAGCUUCAUCCCGCUGUUGAUGAUGUGGUGCCGAUCCCAGACAAUGUCGACGAAACCCUGCCCGAAGAGUAG